CUUCGUGGUCAAUAGGGAAAUUAGAAGCAUUAUUGUAACCGAAAUAGCGAGUAGGCUAUUGUUGCAACAUCAAUUUGUAGGCUACUUUGCGUCGCAGAGAUUUAAUUUCGUCCGCAACUUUUUGUUAUCCGUUUUCGUGACCAUGGGUUCACAACAAACUCACUUGUACGGGUGGGCAUUGAUGAUAGUCGCGGUUUUCUGUCAACGGGGUCAUGAAAGUUGCCCGGAGAACGAUUUGGAGAAAAGGGAAGAGGAGGCCAACGUGGUUUUGACUGGCACCGUUGAAGAAAUCAUGAACAUGGACCCAGUGCACAAUACAUACUCUUGCAAGGUGAGGGUAUGGCGGUACCUGAAAGGAAAGACCAUGGUCAAUGGCGAGGUUCUUUUGGACGGUGGCAACAAGGUGAUGAUUGGUGGCUUUGGGGACCCUGAGGUCUGCGACAACCAGGUUGCCACUGGCGACACGCGCAUUUUCUUUGUCAACCUGGCUCCGGAGUUCAUGUGGCCAACGCACAAGAAUGAGCUGAUGCUCAACUCCAGCCUGAUGAGGAUUACCCUGCGUAACCUGGAGGAGGUGGAGCACUGUGUGGACGACAAACCUGUUCACUUCACACCAGCCCAGCCUCCUGACGAUUGCAGAGGAAUGCUAUGCGGCUUCGGGUCAGUAUGUGAACGUGAUGCGGCUGACCCCUCCAAGACAGAGUGUGUCUGCAAGAAGAUGGUGUGUCCGUCGGUUGUGGCGCCUGUGUGUGGCUCGGACUCCUCGACCUACUCCAAUGAGUGUGAGCUGGAGAAGGCCCAGUGCAACACGCAGCGGCGCAUCAAGGUGCUGCGCAAAGGACCCUGCGCCCUGGAGGACCCGUGCAGUGAGGUGACCUGCAGCUACGGCAGCACCUGCAUCCAGUCAUCGGACUCCUUGUCGGCCAAGUGCAUGUGCCCGCUGAGCUGCGACGGUAAGCCCGAGCAGGUGGUGUGUGGCAGUGACGGCCAAGACUACCGCAACGAGUGCGAGCUCUACAAGCAAGCCUGCCACACCCAGAAGAACUUCCGACUGCAGCACCAGGGAUACUGCAACCCCUGCAAAGACAGCGAGAACAGUCUGAACGUGGCAUGCCGGGUGGAGCCACGUACCCGCCAGCCCCUGACCUUUGCCCCUCCGGAGUCCUGCCCACCCGUCAAUGAGCCACUGUGCGCCAGCGACAGCCAGACGUACGAGAGCGAGUGCCAUAUGACGAGGACGGGCAUGCAGAAGGGCAUUGACCUCAGGAAGAUCCACCCGGGCCGCUGCAAGAAACAAGGUAUGUGCAAGGUGGAGUGCAAGUUCAAUGGCGUGUGCCAGGUGGAACGUCUAGGCGUGCGCUGCUCCUGCGAGCCUAUCCAGUGCGACGGGACCUACAAGCCGCUGUGCGGCAAAGACGGACGCAGCUACGUCAACGACUGUGAGCGGCGACGGGCCGAGUGCCUGGCUAAAGCCCACAUCCCCGUCAAGCAGCAAGGCCCGUGUGAUCUGCACGCGCCCAGCCCGUGCCUGGCAAAGGCCUGCGAGUUUGGCGCUGUGUGUGUGGUGAAGAACGACAAGCCCGUAUGUGAGUGCCCCGAAGCCUGCAUCCAGACACCCGACCCAGUGUGCGGCAGUGACGGCCACAGCUACGGCAGCCAGUGCGAGAUGAGGGCCUCGGGCUGCGCCCUGCAGAGGGAGAUCCACAUCCAGCACCGAGGGCCCUGCGACGAGGUGUGUGCCAACUGUUCAUUCGGGGCGAUCUGCGACGGGCAGUCGGGCAGCUGUGUAUGCCCGCAGGAGUGUGUGGAGUCCCACCAACCGGUGUGCGGCAGCGACGGCUCCACCUACGACAGCGAGUGUGAGCUCAAUGUGCGCGCCUGUACCAAGCAGCUUGACCUGCGUGUGCUCGCCCAGGGAGAAUGCAAGACGUGCGGCAGCGCUGUGUGUGCCUGGGGGGCCCAAUGCAUACAGAACAAGUGCGAGUGCACGCAGUGCCAGGGCCAGGCUUUUUCGCCUGUGUGUGGCAGCGACGGCAUGACCUACGACAACACUUGCGAGCUGGGCUUGGCAUCCUGCGUCCUCAAGAAGAAGAUCGAGGUGGCCAAGCUCGGCAGCUGCGAAGAAGAGUGUGGUUCAGGAGGGUCGGCCUCAGGUGUUGAGAGCUGCGAACAGGAUAGGUGUCGUACGUUUGGAGGCUCGUGGGACGAGGACACAGAGGAUGACCGCUGUGUCUGUGACUUCGACUGCAGUCGCGUGACUCGCAACCUGGUGUGUGGCUCAGAUGGGAAGACCUACAGCAACGAGUGUGAGAUGAAGAAGGCCAGUUGCGAAAGGCAAGGGCAUCUGCUGAUCCAGAAUCAGGGACCCUGCACAGCCACCUCUCCGCCGGAGCUGACAGCGCCACAACGCUGCAUUCAGUCAGUCUACGGCUGUUGCCGCGACAACAAGACGGCGGCCCUUGGUGUGGGACUCGCUGGAUGUGCCAGUACGUGCCAGUGUAACCCGUAUGGCUCCUACAAGGGGACGUGUGACCCGGCCAGCGGCCAGUGCUCCUGCAAGCCCGGCGUCGGGGGACAGAAGUGUGACCGCUGCGAUCCAGGCUUCUGGAACUUCCGCGGCAUCGUCACAGAGAACUUGAGCGGCUGCACACCGUGUAGCUGCGACGCGGUGGGCUCGGUGAGGGACGACUGCGAGCAGAUGUCAGGCCUGUGCUCCUGCAAGACUGGAGUGAAGGGCAUGAAAUGCAACGUGUGCCCCGACGGGAGUAAGAUGGGCAGGAGCGGCUGCGACACAGGUGCUGAUGCCCCAACCUCAUGUAAUGAGCUGGACUGCAAGUUUGGCGCGUCUUGUGUUGAGGUCAAUGGUCAAGCGCACUGUGAAUGCCCCUCGCCCGACUGUGACGAGAAGAACAAGACCAAGGUGUGUGGCUCUGAUGGGGUGACCUACGCUGACCAGUGCCAGCUGAGCACCAUUGCCUGUAGACGGGACAAGCACAUCAGAGUGGAACACUUUGGCCAGUGCACAGAAAGCAUCACCGAGCCGGCCAGCCGACCCACCCCUUACCCCCCCACCCCCCUCGCAAAAGCCACCACCCCCUCCCACGUCAGGCUUACGUCGCCGCGCCAUGGCACAUCAUACUCUCCCUGGGAGGAUGAUGAAACCGAGGGGCCACUAGCCUCAUUCGUGGAGGCCCUGCCGCCCCCCAUGCCCACUGAGAGACCGCUCACCACCAACCACCCCGUCAUCACCCCCCACCACCCACCUCACUCCACCACCCCUCGCCUACCCAGCCACACCAGCCCUGGCUCCUCCCCUACAGCCUUCGAGGACUCAGGGAGCGGUGAGCCCAGCGGAGACGACCAGAUGGAGGAGGUGGAAGAGAGUAGCGGCGUCGGAGUCCUGGAGGCGAGCGGAGAGGAGCCAGUUGACCCAACAGCCGCAGCCACCACCAUCCCCACAGUGGAGGACCGCUCGUCAUGUGACAACACUCCCUUCGGCUGUUGUCCUGAUGGCAAGACGGCUUCCAGCAGCCCUGAGGGAGCCAACUGCCCCUCCACCAUGCGGUUCAGCGGCUUCCUGCACUUGGACCAGGUGGAGGGCCAGGAGGUCUUCUACACCCCUGAGAUGGAGGAUCCUAAGUCUGAGCUGUUUGGCGAGACGGCCAGGAGCAUCGAGAGUGCUCUGAAUGAGUUGUUCCGUAAAUCAGAGGUGCAGAAGGACUUCAUGAGCGUCCAAGUCCGCAGCCUGGCGCCCAGCAACUCCAUCCUGGCCUUCGUCGAGGCCCACUUCGACCCAGAGACCAGGCUCACGGUGCAGGACAUUGAAGGAGCCCUGGUCAAGCAGCUGAAAGCAGCCAAGGAGACAGCCAUUGUGGUGAAGAAGCCAGAGGAGGAGAAUAUUCGCUUCAACAACUAUGGCCUGUUCUCCCGCCCCUACUUCACCACCACUACCACAGCUACCGCCACCACCCCCACUGCCAGCACCACCCUGCCGCCCCCCAACUCCCCUUUCAUCACACGCCGUCCCCUGGGCACCACCCUGCCGCCCCCCAACUCCCCUUUCAUCACACGCCGUCCCCUGGGCACCACACGCCGUCCCUAUACCAGCCGCCGGACCACCGCCGCCCCUUCUACCAUGGCCCCCACUCCCACCACUACUAUCACCCUCCUCCACAGGACCAGCCCUGUGCCCCACUACACCAAGGCCCAGCGGCCCUGCGACUCCCACCCCUGCCGCCACGGCGGCACCUGCGAUGACGACGGCGCCGAUUUCACCUGCAUCUGCCCCGCCGGAAGAGGGGGCGCCGUCUGCGAGAAAUUGAUCACAUACUUCAUCCCGUCAUUCGGGGGUAAGUCCUAUCUGGCCUUCGACACCAUGCGGGCCUAUCACACGGUCCGCAUCGCCAUGGAGUUCAGGGUGGCCGAGAUGACGGGCAUCCUGCUCUUCAACGGCCAGGACGGCAAGAAGGACUUCCUGUCUCUCACCCUGGUCAAUGGCAAGGUGGAGCUCAAGUUCAACACCGGCUCGGGCACAGGCACACUGGUCAGUAAAGUCCAGGUGAAGCAGGGUCGCUGGUACCAGCUGGUGGUGACGAGGAACCGACGCAAUGCCGUGCUGAGCGUGGAUGACGAGCUCCACAUCGAGGGCGCCAGCCCCCCCGGCACCGACGGCCUCAACCUGGACACCCACCUCUUCAUCGGAGGGGUGCCCGAGGACAUGAUGACAGAUGUGAAGGAGAGGACCUCCACCGGUACAGGUCUUGUUGGCUGUGUUCGCACGCUGGACGUCAACAACCUGGUGUACAACCUGCAGGAGAAGGGUGGCAACGUGCUCUACGGCACCGGCGUAGGCGAGUGCGGCAACAACCCGUGCCAGCCUAACCCCUGUAAGAACAGUGCCUCCUGCCAGGUCAAGGAGGCUGAGAUGUUCCACUGCAAGUGCAUCAACAGCUACUCCGGUCCGACGUGCGCCGACACCCACAAUCCAUGCGAGCCUAACAGAUGCCACCCAUCGUCCCAGUGUCAGGUGCAACCAGAGGGAGGGUAUAAGUGUGAGUGUCCCAUGGGCCGCGAGGGACGCCAUUGCGAGCAAGUGUCGGACAAGAAAGGGGCCUACAUGCCGUCCUUUAGUGGCGACUCUUACCUGGAGCUGAAGGGAUUGCACACCUACGGUCACGCUCUCCACCAAAAGGUCAGCAUGACGGUGGUGCUCAUGGCUAACGAAUCCAACGGCAUGAUAUUCUACAAUGGCCAGAAGACCGACGGCAAAGGGGACUUCAUCUCCCUCUCCCUCAACGACGGCAUCCUGGAGUUUCGCUACGACCUGGGCAAGGGCCCAGCCGUCAUCAGGAGUAAAGAUAAGAUCAAGAUGGGCGUGUGGAACACAGUGAAUCUGGAGAGGGCCAGUCGCAAGGGAGAGAUCAACAUAAACGGAAAGGACCCAGUCAGGGGAGAGUCGCCGAACCAACACACCGCUCUCAACCUGAAGGAGUCUCUGUUCGUGGGUGGUGCUCCUGAUUUCAGCCGGCUAGCGAGGGCCGCCUCGCUCAAAGAUGGCUUCAAGGGGGCCAUUCAGAAGAUCACCCUGAUGGGCACUCCCAUCCUGCGGCAGGAGAACGCAUUGCACUCCAGUGACGUGGCCAUGUUUAAGGGCCACCCGUGCAGCUGGGAGCACUGCCACAACGGGGGUCUCUGCAACCCCAUGCUUGAGAGCUACGAGUGUGUGUGCCCCCACGGCUUCACGGGCACAGCCUGUCAGAACACCAUCUUGGAGAAGUCCGCGGGGGAGACGGAGUCCAUUGUUUUUGACGGCCGGACAUUUAUCGAGUACCACAACGCCGUCACCAAGAGUGAGAAGGCCCUGCUGGUGAACAAAUUUGAGCUGAGCAUCAAGACGGAGGCCACACAGGGCCUGGUGCUGUGGAGCGGAAAGGGCGUGGAGCGCUCUGACUAUAUCGCCCUGGCCAUUGUGGAUGGCCGCGUGCAGAUGACCUAUGACCUGGGAUCCAAGCCUGUGGUGCUUCGCUCGACGGUGCGCGUCAACACUAACAGUUGGAUCUGCAUUAAGGCCAGCAGAGCACUUAGGGACGGAUCUCUCCAGGUGGGCAACGAGGCAGCAGUCACGGGAUCGUCGCCCCUGGCAGCCACUCAGCUGGACACAGACGGAGCUCUCUGGUUGGGUGGCUUGAAGGAGUUGAUGGUGGCCCCCAGGCUGCCUAAGGCUUACAGCACGGGCUUCGUUGGCUGUGUAAAGAACGUGGUGGUGGACGGCAUGGAGCUUCACCUGGUGGAGGACGCCCUCAAUAGCCCCAAAAUAUUACACUGUUCCGCCGCUGAGGCCAAAAAAUAGCCUGGCUAAACCACCCCCUUCAUAAACUACAUGUCUAAUGCUGUAAUUAAGUUCUAUUUUUGUAUAAU